GGGGCCCCAUCAUCAAGCUCAAACGACAUUCCCCAGCGGCGCAUCGUGGACCCCGGUCUGUUUCCCCUGAUGUUUCCUCAAAACAGACCAUACUCCCGCGCUUGCGGCAAGAAAAUAGACCAAUCGCAGUACCUCACUAUCUAAGUCGUCCCCGCCCAAGGCCCUGCUCCCGGAGCCGCCAGCAGCCCCGUCGUUAACGGUGAACUUCAGGUAACGCUCCUGUAAUUAUAUUGCCAUCCUCCCUGCCAGGGGCAUUUCCGGGCUGCCGGGCCAUGACGGCCCAAUAAAUAUCGUGACCGUACGUGCUUCACGACCUGUCGGCCUCUCUUUUCCUGUUCUGCAUUCUGCUGCUCUGUCUCCCACUCGAUCCUUUCGACGACCACUCUUUUCGUUCGUUUCAUUCUUUAAGCCCAUUCGCUCUUUUCGGCUCCGGAUAGCCCUCAAAACAAGACAAAAGGAUCUUUUUUCUCUUCCACCACACACGAGACACAGCAUUUUCAACCAAGAUGAUGAAGCACUCCGCCCUCGCUGCUCUCGCCGCCCACCUCGUGGGUCUGGCCGCCGCCGGGACCAAGGUCUGGGAUGGAAGCUUCGACACCCUGACCACUGCCGACCUGGCCGACUGGUCCUGGUCCAACCAGGCCGGCCCCUACCAGUGGUACAUCCACGGUGACGCAGACACCUCCAAGUACCUCGACUUCACCGCCGACUAUGCCGGCCCAGGAGCCGCCAAGGGCGCCAAGGUCACCCUGGACGACACUGCCUACUGGAACGGCCAGAACAUGCGCCGCACAGAGCUCAUCCCCUCGGUCAAGGACACCAGCUCCAUCACCUCGGGCACCCUGUACUACCACUUCUCCAUGAAGCGCGAGGGCACCAACGCCCCCUCCCUGAACCGCGAGCACCAGAUCGCCUUCUUCGAGUCCCACUUCACCGAGCUCAAGUACGGCUGGAUCUCGGGCGCGGCCGGCGAGUCCGACGACCAGCUGCGGUGGUACGCCAACUCCCAGUCUCAGUGGAACACCACCCUCGAGGCCGGUGUCUGGCACAACUUUGCCUACGAGGUCGACUUCGACGCCAGCACCGUCGGCUUCUGGCACUCCACCGGCUCCGACGCGCUCACCCAGGCCGUCAAGCCCGUCAAGGCCAGCGUCAGCUCCAACGGCCAGGACUGGCACGUCGGUGUCCUCGAGCUCGCCCGUGACGGCUACGCGGAUGCCACCGAGGACCUGUUCUUCUCCGGCGUCUACAUCGAGAGCGGCGACCUGACCACCGGCUUCUCCAGCGCCGGCUCCUCCUCGUCCGGCUCCGGCGAGGCCGCUGAGCCCUCUGCCCCGGCCAGCUCGGCCGCCGCCCCCGCCCCAGCUGCUUCUUCGUCUUCCUCGUCUGUUGCCCCAGUGACUGCCAACACCGAGGCUGCUGCCCCCACCGCUGCCGCCCCCACCGCUGCCGCCCCUACCGAUGCUGCCCCUGCCAUCACGCCCCUGCCCUCGGCUUCCACCAAGUCUUGCGUCAAGAGGACCAAGACUGUCUACGUCACCAUGGCUGCUUAAUUCGGAUGGUCACUUGGGUCACUGAGAUGGAUGUGGAGAAUGAAUGAUGUAGAAACAUUUGCAUCGGGUUGGCGCUCCUUGGCGCAAUUCCUGUACAUAGACUUGACCUUGUGUGCUUCGUGUCAAUACUACUUGCUUCGUGCUCUGGCA